AUGUUUAGGAAAGCUGCUGUAACCACGGUCUCUAAUGGGAGUUACUUGCAGGGGCAGACUAAUGGCAGGUUGCCCUCUACGGACAGCGGACAGCCAGCCCGGGAGAAAAAAGUUGUGCUGAAGAAGAAAGUGACACUUUUGAGGGGGAUAUCCAUCAUAAUUGGCACUAUCAUUGGAGCUGGCAUCUUCAUCUCUCCCAAAGGUAUUCUGAAGAACACAGGCAGCGUAGGCAUGUCCUUGAUUGUCUGGACAGUGUGUGGUAUCCUCUCGCUCUUUGGUGCCCUCUGCUAUGCUGAACUAGGAACAUGUAUUAAGAAAUCUGGUGGUCACUACACCUAUAUCCUGGAGGCCUUUGGCCCGUUACCUGCUUUUGUGAGAGUCUGGGUUGAAUUACUCAUCAUUCGCCCUGCUGCCACAGCAGUCAUAUCGUUGGCAUUUGGACGUUACAUUUUGGAACCUUUCUUUAUGCAGUGUGAAAUCCCAGAACUUGCGAUUAAACUUAUUACAGCUGUUGGCAUCACGCUGGUUAUGGUCCUGAAUAGCACGAGUGUCAGCUGGAGUGCCCGCAUUCAGAUUUUCCUUACCUUUUGCAAGCUUGUAGCAAUUCUGAUAAUUAUAGUCCCUGGAGUUAUCCAGCUAAUUAAAGGAGAAACACAGCACUUUAAAAAUGCCUUCGCGGGGAAUGAUGCCAGUGUUAUGGGAUUACCACUUGCUUUUUAUUCAGGAAUGUAUGCCUAUUCAGGCUGGUUUUACCUCAAUUUUGUUACUGAAGAAGUGGAAAACCCUGAAAAAAAUAUACCCCUCGCAAUAUGCAUUUCAAUGAUUAUCGUCACAAUUGGCUAUGUGUUAACAAACGUGGCUUAUUUCACUACAAUCAGUGCUGGAGAAUUGCUCCUUUCAAAAGCUGUAGCAGUGACCUUUGCUGAACGACUAAUGGGAAACUUUUCUUUAGCUGUACCAGUAUUUGUUGCUCUUUCCUGUUUUGGAUCUAUGAAUGGUGGCAUUUUUGCAGUUUCCAGGAUGUUCUUCGUUGCAUCCCGCGAGGGUCACCUUCCGGAAAUUCUCUCCAUGAUUCAUGUCCACAAGCACACUCCUCUGCCAGCUGUCAUUGUUUUGCAUCCUCUCACAAUGAUAAUGUUAUUCAAUGGGGAUCUCUACAGCCUCCUGAAUUUCCUCAGUUUUGCCAGGUGGCUUUUUAUUGGACUAGUAGUUGCUGGGUUGAUUUAUCUCAGAUAUAAACGUCCUGAUAUGCCUCGUCCUUUCAAGGUGCCUCUAUUUAUUCCAGCAUUGUUUUCCUUCACCUGCCUCUUCAUGGUUGCACUGUCACUUUACUCUGAUCCAGUGAAUACAGGGAUUGGAUUUGCAAUAACACUGACUGGAGUUCCUGCAUACUACCUCUUUAUUGUAUGGGACAAUAAGCCAAAAUGGUUCAGAAAGCUCCUAGGUAAGGUAACUGAAGCAUUGCAAAUCCUCUUGGAAGUCAUCCCACCAGAGGAAGAUCAGAAAUCAUGA